CCAUUGUGGGAGCACCAUCAACACAUCUUCAGCCAGACACUGCACCUUCUCGACACGGCACGAUGACGGCCAUCGCGACGAAGAAACGCCUCUAUACCAAAGCCCUCGACGCCCUCUCCAACAACUCCCAACUUUCCCUCGCCCCCAGCAUCACCGAACAAACAAAGCGACCAUUGACGGCCAUCGAAGCCUUCGACGAGGCGAGAGAGCGUGCGAGCAAGAGACUCCGACAAAGUACAUCCAGUGGCUCACUCAGGCCCAUCUUCGUCCCUUCCCAUGCUACGACCACGCGCGGUAAAGACGACUCGAUAUCCAAGGAUCCUCCCAACUACUCGCCGUGGUCUCACGAGGCCUUCCUGAAGAGAUUGAAGACCUUUAGCAGCGUGAGCUUAUGGCAUCCCAAGCCUGAAGCAAUCAGUGAAGUGGAGUGGGCGAAGCGAGGCUGGGUCUGCACCGGCGUUAACACCGUUCAGUGCAAGGGCGGGUGUGAGAAGCGACUGGUCGUGAGUCUCGAAACUGCAUCGAGGAAAGAGAUUGCAGAGGAGCAAGGGAUCGACACAGACGCCGCCGCAGAAGACGACGAUGCAGACGAGUCCGCUUUCGAGCAAGCGCUCACAAACCGCUACCACGCCUUGAUCAUCAACGGCCAUGCAGACAACUGUCUCUGGCGCAAAGCCGGCUGCAAAGACGACAUCUACCACCUGCAAGUCGUGCGGCCGUUCGUCUGGCAACCCGAUCUCCGCAAACGCUUCGAAUCCCUUCUAGCAAUCCCCUCUGCGAUCGAGAAGAUAGACGUCACAUCCUCUGCCGACACCACCGCCGACGCACCCUCCACUCCCCCCUCCCAACUCCUCGCAGACCUCUCCCCCUCCCUCCUCGCAGACCUCGCGAAACCCCAUGAAGCCACCCCCUACCUCCCACCCAAAGCCCUCCAAAUCGCCCUAAACGGCUGGCGCGCCUCCAAAGACGCAAGCACCGAGCUCCUCCACUGCGACGCCUGCUUCCAACGCAUAGGCCUCUGGAUGUACCAGCCCGACUACCGCCCCUCCCACCACCUCUCCCCUUCCACCGACGACGACGACGAGAACGAAGACGACAACUCCAGCGCGGCGACUCUCAACCUCACCACUCUGCACCGCGAACACUGCCCCUGGCGCAACGCGGAGUCCCAAAAAGCGUCGGGGAGUUUGAGCGGGUUGAAUGCGGCGCAGAUUUUGUUGCGUGUUGUUUCCACUGCGGCGAGGGAUUGGAGAAGGAGGAGUAAAGUUGCGGAGCCGGUUGCUGGUGCUGGUGAGGGCGAGCAGAAUGAAGGAGAGGCGGAGGCGGAGGCGGAAGAGCUGGAGCCUUAUUCGAAGGAAGAUGUGGAGAGGCUGGAUAAGGAGCGCGAGUCGCGCUUGCGGCGCUUCAAGAGUAUGUUUAGUAUUAAGAGGAAGGGCACGAAGGGGUCUGGGGCCAAGGUGCAGUCGUGAGAGGAUCUGUUGUUGGGAGGGGGCAACACUGCGGUGAUGAACCUGAGACGGGGACAAUACGAUCUAAGGUACUCAUAUGUUGCAGCAACGGUAGAUGA